AUGUUUUAUGCUUGUCACACGGCAUCAGAACAAAAGGAUGUUGUGUGGUUUCUUGAUAGUGGGUGUAGUAACCACAUGACUGGAGAUAAAAACAUAUUCUUGGAGAUUGAUUCUUCAUCAAAUUCUCAAGUGAGGAUAGGAAAUGGUGCCUUGUUCCAAGCAAAGGGAAAAGGUACUAUUGCCAUAGAGACAAAUAAAGGACGAAAGCAUAUUCGGGAUGUGUUACUUGUUCCGAAUUUAGAGCAAAAUUUGUUAAAUGUUGGGCAGCUUGUAGAGCAUAGGUACUCCAUUCAUUUUGAUGAGGACUCUUGCAAAAUUUAUGACAAGGGAGGUGUAAAGACUCGACCUGACAUCAUGUACGCUACAAGCUUAUUAUCUCGGUUUAUGCACAAUCCAAGCCAAAUUCAUGUUGCGGCUGCCAAGAGGGUGUUGAGAUAUAUACAAGGUACACUUGAUUUUGGCAUCUUGUAUGAGAAAAAUGUUGAUGCAAAGUUGUUUGGUUUUUGUUAUAGUGAUUGGACCGAAUGUGUUGAUGAUAUGAGAAGUACUUCCGGUUAUGCAUUCUUUCUUGGUUCGGGUGUAUUUUCAUGGGCAUCUAAAAAGCAAGAAACGUUAGCGCAAUCUUUUGCAAAAGCUGAGUAUGUUUCAGCAUCAUUGGCAGCGUCAUAA